CGUGUGACGGUGCGUGACGUCACCGCCGGCCCGUGUUUACAGCUGCCUGCGGACCGGGGAGAUAGAAAGUACCGACAGCAGGCAGCCGCGGCACCGCCGGGAUCCAGGACCGGGCAGCGGCGGCACCGCCGGGAUCCAGGACCGGGCACCGGCACCGACACCGGGGCUCGCCAUGGGGCGGGGUGCCCGGGCGCGACCCGGCUGACCGACCCGACCCGACCCGACCCGUCCCGUCCCGUCCUGUCCCGUCCCGCCCCGGCGGACCUUGGCCGGCCCGGCAGGGGAACGGCGCGGCACGGCACGGCUGGGGAUGCUGGCGGGAUGCCGGGCACCGGGGCGGCCCGGGUGCUGCCGAUGUGGGUGCUGCCGACGUGGGUGCUGCCGGCGUGGGUGCUGCUGGCCCUGCCGCCCAGCCUGGCCCAGCCCCUGCCCAGCGGGCGCCGGUGGGUGACGGAGAAGGAGGCCCGCUUCGACACCACCUACACCGACUGGGUGGGCGCCGACCUGAUCAACAUCUACGCCUUCAACCACAGCGUCCGGCGGAACCGGACGGAGGGGGUGCGGGUGUCGGUGAACGUCCUCUCCGACCACAAGGAUUUGCCCGUCCUCUUCGUGGUGAGGCAGAAGGAAGCCGUGGUCUCCUUCCAGGUGCCGCUCAUCCUCCGGGGCCUGUACCAGCGGAAGUACGCGUACCAGGAGGUGAGCCGCACGCUCUGCCAGCCCCAGACCAAGGCGGAGGUGGAGACCCAGCACUUCUACGUCGACGUCUCCACGCUCUCCCUCAAUGCCUCCUACCAGCUGCGUGUCACCCGCGUGGAGAACUUCGUGCUGCGGACGAACGAAAGAUUCAGCUUCAACGCCACAGCCGCGCAGCCGCAGUAUUUCAAGUACGAGUUCCCCGAGGGACUGGACUCAGUGAUCGUGAAGGUGACCUCGGCCAUGGCCUUCCCCUGCUCUGUCAUUUCCAUCCAGGACAUCCUGUGCCCCGUCUACGACUUGGACAACAACGUGGCCUUCAUUGGGAUGUACCAGACCAUGACAAAGAAGGCGGCCAUCACGGUGCAGAAGAAGGAUUUCCCCAGCAACAGCUUCUAUGUGGUGGUGGUGGUGAAGACGGAGGACGAGGCCUGUGGGGGGGCUCUGCCCUACUACCCCCUCUCCAAAAACGCCUCACCGGAUGAACCUGUGGAUCAGCACAACCGGCAGAAGAUGCUGGAGGUGAUGGUGUCGCCCGCCAUAACCUCGGAGGCCUAUGUCAGCAGCAUGCUCUUCUGCCUGGGCAUCUUUCUCUCCUUCUACGUCCUCACGCUGCUCAUCGCCUGCUGGGAGAGCUGCCGGCAGCAGAAGAGGAAGGGGCUCCUGGCAGCCAUGGACUCGCCCAGCCUGGACACGGCAUCUCUACUGGGGCAUGCCCGCAGCAUCCCCGACUCCUUCCUGGGCCAUGCUCCCUAUGACAGCUACGGUUACGGCUCCUUCGGUGAGUGCCGCGCGCCAUCCCUCGCCUCCCCGCCUCUCGGCGGGCGGCUGUGCCACCCACCCCGUCUGGCCAUCCUUGCAGGGAACGGCUCCUCCGGCAGCACCGAGGGCGUCACAGACAGCAUGGGCUCGGCAGAAGUCCCCUACGGCUACGUGGGGCAGGAGCAGUUCAAGCGGCGCACGCCCUCCGCCCCGAUGAGGCCGCUGAGCAUUGCCAUGGGGGAGCGGUCACUGGAGAACGUGGCCGGCCGGCCACGCCUGGACUCGCUCAGCUCCGUUGAGGAGGAUGACUACGACACGCUGGCCGACAUCGACUACGACAAGAACGUCAUCCGCACCAAGCAAUACCUCUGUGUGGCUGACCUGGCCCGCAAGGACAAGCGGGUGCUGCGCAAGAAGUACCAGAUCUACUUCUGGAACAUCGCCACCAUCGCCGUCUUCUACGCCCUCCCCGUUAUCCAGCUCGUCAUCACCUACCAGACGGUGGUGAAUGUCACCGGCAACCAGGACAUCUGCUACUACAACUUUCUGUGCGCCCACCCGCUGGGGAACCUCAGCGCCUUCAACAACAUCCUCAGCAACAUGGGCUACGUCCUGCUGGGCUUGCUCUUCCUGCUCAUCAUCCUGCAGCGGGAGAUCAACUACAACCGGGCGCUCAUGCGCAACGACACCCACGCCCUGGAGUGCGGCAUCCCCAAGCACUUUGGGCUCUUCUACGCCAUGGGCACCGCCCUGAUGAUGGAGGGGCUGCUCAGCGCUUGCUACCACGUCUGCCCCAACUACACCAACUUCCAGUUCGACACCUCCUUCAUGUACAUGAUCGCGGGGCUCUGCAUGCUGAAGCUCUACCAGAAGCGUCACCCAGACAUCAACGCCAGCGCCUACAGCGCCUACGCCUGCCUGGCCCUCGUCAUCUUCUUCUCCGUUGUCGGCGUGGUCUUCGGCAAGGGGAACACGGCCUUCUGGAUCGUCUUCUCCGUCAUCCACAUCGUGGCCACCCUGCUGCUGAGCACCCAGCUCUACUACAUGGGGCGCUGGAAGCUGGACUCGGGCAUCCUGCGUAGGAUCUUGCACGUGCUGUAUACAGACUGCGUCCGGCAGUGCAGCGGGCCCAUGUACGUGGAUCGAAUGGUGCUCUUGGUGAUGGGAAACAUCGUCAACUGGUCGCUCGCUGCCUACGGCCUCAUCGUCCGCCCCAAUGACUUCGCUUCCUACCUGCUGGCCAUCGGCAUCUGCAACCUCCUCCUCUACUUCGCCUUCUACAUCAUCAUGAAGCUCCGCAGCGGCGAGCGCAUCAAGCUCAUCCCCUUGCUCUGCAUCGUCGGCACCUCAGUGGUCUGGGGCUUCGCCCUCUUCUUCUUCUUCCAGGGGCUCAGCACCUGGCAGAAAACGCCAGCCGAGUCCCGGGAGCACAACCGUGACUGCAUCCUGCUUGACUUCUUUGAUGACCACGACAUUUGGCACUUCCUCUCCUCCAUCGCCAUGUUCGGCUCCUUCCUGGUGCUGCUGACGCUGGACGAUGACCUGGACUGCGUCCAGCGGGACAAGAUCUAUGUCUUCUAGGGGCCCGCAGCCGCCCGCUGCCCCGGCCCCGUGCCAAAUGCCUGGCCGCAGCCCCCGGGGAGGGAUGCCCGUGCUGCGGGUCCUGCCAGCCGCUCCGUCCCCCUCCCCGCACAGCCCUGGGGUCCCGACGUGCCUCCUUCCCGUCGGCCGGGUGUCCCCCCCACACCGGUGUUACAUGCCCUUCCAUGGGCUCGUCGUAGCCGGAAGCGGGGCUGGGGGGUCUGCCAGGGCACCUUGUCUUCGGUGGCAAGUGACACUGGAAAAGGUGCUGCUGCUGCUCUGGGUCCGUGCACCCACGGUGCGGGGGGGCCGGGGCAAGUGCUAUGCUAGCAGCCCCAUGGCCCCCCCCAAGCUCGUGGGUGGGGGGGGGUCUCUCUUCAGUGCCUGAGUCGUAUGGGUGGGAGGUGGGGAGGGGGCGUGUGUCCGGCGCGGUGGCUGGGGAGGCCCUGCUCGAGUCUCCCUCAGCAUCCCCGGAGGGUGGGGGGGGCCGCUGGGUGCCCCCUGUCACCGCUCCCCUCCAAGGCUGCCGCCUGCUCGCCACGCGUGGGUCUGCUGGGAAGGGACUCGCAUUAAAGUGUCUGCACUUUG